ACUUCUCACCGGACAGCCCAGCUGACUGCUUGGAUCUGGAGCGUAUUUAGGUGGAUAUUGUGUUUAAAGACAUUUCGUGCUUUUGUUGACACUAAUUAUGGCAGAGACGGAUCCGAAAUCGGUGCAGGAUCUUACAGCAGUGGUGCAGACAUUGCUGCAGCAGAUGCAGGACAAAUUCCAGACCAUGUCAGAUCAAAUCAUCGGGAGAAUUGAUGAGAUGAGCACACGUAUUGAUGAUUUGGAGAAGAAUAUCGCUGACCUGAUGACCCAGGCCGGGGUGGAGGAGGCAGAAGGAGAGAACAAAGCCAAAGAUGGCGAGGCUUCUUAAUGAAGGUUGCCCAGUAAUGACUGAGUAAAGGAAACUCUUGGAGAGCAGCAACCUUUCCCCAGUAGUGCUGCCUGCUUUGAUUUGAUGUAUUGUUGUAUAGUUCUUUUUAUACUGAAUUCAACUAAUUCCAAUGGAUGUUGGAUAAUGUUCUCUAAUAUUUAGGUUUUUCUUUAUUGGUGGUGCAGAUCAUGUUUGUAGCCUGCUUUAAGGCCAGCCAGCAGCAUGGUUGAGGCCUGUUACUGUAUUAUCAGCACUAUGUAAUGUGCCAAACCAACACCAUUCCAGUUUCAACUGAGUUUGUGCUAUUAAAGUUUAAUACAAAAGA